AGGGGCUGCAGAAGCAGCUGCAGCCGCAGCAGCCGCAGCAGCAGCAGCCAGGAGGAUAGCCACCUUCGCUUCUCUGCGGCGGGGACCUGGAGCAGACCAAGAAGGGGGGCCCCGGUGCUCCUUUCCCCCGCUUCCCCGCCUGGCUCUCUCGCAGCCCGGUCCCCCUUCCUCCUCCUCCUCCUCCUCCUCCGGUGGGGUCCCCAAUGCCUCCGCAGCAGGAAGGCGAGAGUGGCGGCUACAUUAGCAAGCCCUUGGCCGCAGGAGGAGGGGGUGGCGGCGGCGGCAGCCACGGGAGCGAAGUCCCUCCGGUGCCUCCCAGGAGGGUCCGGAGCACUUUGGCGGCAGCUUUAGGGAGCCGUUGCCGGGCCGGCUCUUCGGAGCCCCGCCGGAGCCUGAAGUGCGUCCUGGUGGGCGACGGGGCGGUGGGCAAGACCAGCCUGGUGGUCAGCUACACCACCAAUGGCUACCCCACCGAGUACGUCCCCACCGCCUUCGACAACUUCUCAGCUGUUGUGUCAGUAGAUGGACGACCUGUGAGGCUCCAGCUCUGUGACACAGCUGGCCAGGAUGAAUUUGACAAACUCCGGCCACUCUGCUACACCAACACAGACAUCUUUUUGCUAUGCUUCAGUGUUGUAAGCCCUUCCUCUUUCCAGAAUGUGAGCGAAAAGUGGGUUCCUGAAAUCCGAUGCCACUGCCCCAAAGCACCGAUUAUUCUUGUGGGGACACAGUCAGACCUCCGGGAGGAUGUCAAAGUCCUCAUUGAGCUAGACAAGUGCAAAGAGAAGCCUGUGGCAGAGGAGGCUGGCAGGCUCUGUGCUGAAGAAAUAAAAGCCACCUCUUAUAUCGAGUGCUCAGCUCUGACUCAGAAAAACCUCAAAGAAGUCUUUGAUGCUGCCAUUGUUACUGGCAUUCAGUAUUCGGAUAGUCAACAACAGCCAAAGAAAUCAAAAAGCAGGACUCCGGACAAAAUGAAAAACCUUUCUAAAUCUUGGUGGAAAAAGUACUGCUGUUUUGUAUAGUACAUUUUACAGAGGCCACUAAAGGAAAAUAAUAUCUUAAAAUAUGGCAGUCUCAUACCAAGAGUGGUUUCAAGCUACAUUAGCAAAAAAAUCUCUCUAUUCCAGAGUGCAGAGAUGACAUUCUGCAACCCUACCUGCUGCUAAAGCCAUCAGUUUUCUUUGAGGACUGGGGGCAAGACCUGUGGUGUUUGUCAGACAAAGGAGUUUUCACUACCAGAGGUCGAGUUUCCUCUUGUCAAGGACAACUAGUUCACUCUCUUGGGAAGCUCAAAGCUGUAUAAAUGCAUAGGCUGUUUGUAUAAGAGAGAUGAGCCAGAAGAGAGGUCUCUGUUAAGGAGGCUACAUGGAAGCGGUGAAGGACUCUAGAAGGAUGGAGCUCUGCAGGUGGAUUUUAGAAAAUGUGUGCCUCAUAUGAGACUUGGUUUGCAAACUUGCUUUUUCCCGCAUCUUGUGGUCUUCAGAAAUGAUACAAUGCAUUCCAGAAACAUCUAUAGUAUUGAUGAAUGAGCAGAAUCUGUACGCAAAGUCAACAUAUUACUCUUACGGUGAUGUGCCUAUUUCAUAUGCAGUUUAGGGAUGUCUUAGUCUACUGAGCUGUAUCUUGAUGGAUCCCCAAUUGACUGAUCCCUCUUAUAUGACAUAAAGUGCAUGCCUGGUGACUUUGCAGAAAAUAAAAUAAUAUUUUGAAUAGCAGUGGGACUACUUUUCAUUUUAUAGAGGUUUUACAAUAGUUCACUUUUUAAUGAAUAUAUAAAGGAUAUUCAUUUUCCCCUCCCCUUAAAGAAUGCUCCAGAUCUCUGAGUAAAACCCGCCUACCCCAACCUGGUGCCCAUCAGCUUCAGCCAUUAUAGUAAGUGGUCAGUGAUGAUGGUAGUUGUAAUCCAAAACAUUUAGCAUUCACCAGGUUGUAGAAGGCUGGUACAUGUCAUCCUAGUUUUUCCAUACGGUAAUCCCAACUAAUAACAUUAGCUUUAUUCCCAAAGUCAGGUACCAACACAAUUCUGCACCUCAAACAGAGUUAUUUCAGUAUAAGGCAGAAUGGAAUGUGAAAUGGUUAACAGCCCUAAAUACUAAAAUAGGGAUGGACGAGAAUUUUGUUUCAAUUAAUUUUUGAUCAAGAUUUAAAAAUUUCAAUGUGGGAAAAGGUGAUAGAUUUGCCCCAUUCCAUGUAUUAGGUCCUAAAUCCAAUUGUAGGUCCCAAUUAGAAGAAACAUGUGGAAUCCAUGAAGUUUACAUAAACCUUGAUUUAUCAUUCAGUAGUUGAUUCAGGGAAUCUAUUCAGUUGAGACUAGCAGUUGGAUUUAAGCCUAAAAAUACCACUCACUGAAGGUGAUGGAAAUUUCUUGCAAGCAAAUGUGUAGGGCAUUGGAGUGUCUAAUUACAUGGUCAUGUCAGUUGGCCCUGAUUCAUAAUGUACUUGAAGCCUUUUCUGCCAAUUCUCACAUAGUAAUUAAAAUGUUUUAAAAGUGAUGAAAAUUGCAGGCUGCCAGAGGAGGUAACUGCUUAGACUAUAAGCUUUGUUCAAGUUUUGUAUGGUUUGCCAUGUCACUUUGGUCAAAAUGAACAGUGGUUGACAUGGAAGAUAUUUGGGUGACUUAAAUCCCUUUUCAGACCAUUCAAAGAAAACAGCAGAAUGGCUUCUUUUCAUAAUAGAUUGAAUGGAAAAGAAUCCAAAAUAUUGUAGAAUAUUAUUUGCCCAAAUAUCUACCUAUGUGAAUUCCUGUUCUAAUAACAGUAAUGUAAAAUUCUGAGUUACAAAACCUCAAGACACAUGUAGACCAAAUGGGCUAUUUUAGAAUCAUGAUGUCUACAGUGUGGAUACAAAAGCUUUACUUUUCGUCUCCUCUUUUCUUUUUUGUAUUAUUUGUUUUUCUCAUCUUUGACUUUAAAGUGGCCUUCAAAUUUGUUCAGUGAUUGUUUUAUGCUGAAACUUGAUCUUAGUUCAGAUGUUACAGGAAACAAUUGUUUCUUGUUGGCAUUAUGAACAAGACAUGGAGAGCCUGGAAUUCACAUGCUCCCCUGGUUUCCCCCCUCUUUUAUGUGCUAGGAGCAAGAGAACAGAAGCAUCUGGUUUCAUUUUAGAACUAACUAUAGUUCCCUGUGGUGUCUGAAUUCAGAGGAGGGUGGUUUGUUUAAACUCUAGUUUAAACCAUGGUAGCUUGUUAGUUCUAAUUACAGUUAACUCUAUAAACAAAUCAUAAUUGUUUAAGUUUAGACAUCACAUGGAACUGGUUUGUUUAAAAACGGAAGUGGAUGUUUCCACUAUUCACCCUGCUGUGUGUAAAUGCAGAAGGGGUUGGUUGUGGGUUCAAGGCUUCCCAUGGUUCUUUCUUUAGCAGGGGGCCAGGUUCAAUUUUGGGUGCGGGUGUGAUCUAAAAAUGUAUUUUCUGUUUUUAAUGUAGCUUUGAAUUGACUCACUCCUGUCCUGCCCAAAUAAAAUAGAAAUGUUAAAUUUUUACCUUUAAUGCAUACAGUAAAUGUAUCAUUUAAAAAUGAAUAAUAAAGAAAUAAUAAUUCA